AUGCUCACCAGCGCAGCCCUGAUGUGGGGGAAAAGUGCGGCAUGGCUGCAGGACGAGCUGGAGUCUGGGCUCAACUCUCGGCUCCUGCUCGACUGUCGCUCUCACGAGCUUUACGAGUCCUCACACAUCGAGUCCGCCAUCCAUCUCGCCAUCCCCGGCCUCAUGCUCCGCCGCCUGCGCAAAGGCAACCUGCCGAUCCGCUCCGUCAUCCCCAACGACACGGACAAGGAGCGCUUCAUCCGCCGCUGCAAGACGGGGCGGCUGCUGCGGGCAGAUGCGGGGUCCGUGCUGGGGCUCCUCAUGCACAUACUCCGGAAGACGGCUGUAAGGGCCUACUACCUGGAAGAACCUGAUCUGAUCUCCAUGAACUCUAGGAUCAUGUGA